AUGGACCAGCUGCCGACCGUAGAAGAAGCCGAGGAGUACUCCUCCGCCGUUGUGGAGCACCCCUACGAGUCCUUCGAGGACCUCCUCUUCAACAACAUGCGCAUGGAGGCGCUGGACGAAAUGGAGAGGUCCAUCCGGUAUGUGCUGGACGUGAACGAUGAUCUGUCCGUACUCUCCGGCGGGUUCUUCAGACACGGCAUGUUCGGCGCCCUGGCCGACAUGACCGGCUCCUCCUUGAUCUCUCAUAUUUAUGAGUACGAUCUCACUACGCCCCAGGGCAUACUCUCCGAGAGAUCGAUGCUGGACAUGAAACUCUCCGUACAGUCGGCUCUACAGGCUCCCUCCACCGUCCGCAUCGAGUCCAGGAUGAGGCGACACGGAGACACGCUGGCCUUCGUGCAAACCCAGUUCUACACCAACGACAGGCCCCUGGCCCGAGCCAAGACCACCCACUACAUUGCCACGGCCUCGGCUCGCCGGCCGCCCACCCACACCUCCUCCUCCUCCUCCACCCUCUAG